CUGCGGAUCUCCCUCUUUUAGAGGAGUAUGAAACUCGAUCCCGUCGCGCCGCCGGCAGCGCCCGGUAUAAAACAGUCAAACGGAAGAGACCGUGAGAAUAAUAACAGGCCUGUCAGUGCAGUGGGACAGUUUGGAGUUCAUUGAAGCUCAGAAUCUCCAAAUGUCCCGGAGUUUCAGGAAUGAGCUGACAUUCAGACGCGCCGCUCCGUUAUUAUCAUUCAAACUGGUUUCCAUGGAGAAGAGGAUGCGUCCCGGACGGAUAGACAGAUAAUGACUGCAUUGCUAGUUUCUGCGCGAUCGAUGACACUUGAGGGGUUUUCACGCAUGAGAAGAAGACUCACCAGCUUCUGAAUGAUCUGAAUCGUAGCUAUUGAAGCUCGCUGAUAUAUUUAUGUAUAUUUUUGUAACGAAACCAUGAGCUCGUUGUUGUUUGGAGAGGGCUUUUUGGGAGGCGCGGUGAGCGGUGCGCCAUCGGACGCGGUUCCCCGAGCGCUGCGCAAUGACUUGGGGUCGAACAUUCAUGUGUUGAAGACCCUCAACUUGAGGUUCCGCUGCUUUUUAGCGAAGGUCCACGAGCUGGAGAGACGAAACAAACUUCUGGAGAGCCAGCUGAAGCAAGCCACUGGUCAGCCGAGGUAUCCGGGAUUCUCAUUUACGCGUGAGGUGGCCGUACAGACAGACUCUCUGGAGUCCAGACUUCCAGGCACCAUCUGGAGUUUUACGCAUAUUUUGAGGCACGGAGAGCGCGUGAAGACUGUCCAGGGCCCUGGGGUCACCUGGACCCAUCCGGACGGGGUGGGGGUCCAAAUCGACACCAUCACCCCAGAACUGAGAGCCUUGUAUAACGUGCUGGCCAAAGUCAAGCGGGAGAGAGAUGAGUACAAGAGAAAAUGGGAGGAGGAGCUGUCCAGAAGAGAGCAGAUGGAGGUGAUGGUGCAGUCGCUGCAGGAGAAUGUAAAUCAAUCCGAAGCCAUUCAGGAUGAGCUGAACGAGAAGGUUGAACGUCUGAAAGCUGAACUGGUGGUUUUCAAGAGCCUCAUGAGUGAUGCUGGCGGGAGACGCCGCAAUAAAGCUGUAGAAAACCAGAGGAAAAUCCUGGACCUGAAACAAAUGUCUGACCUGGACACCAAGAUCCAGGAGAAGGCCAUGAAGGUGGACAUGGACAUCUGCAGGAGGAUCGACAUCACGGCCAAACUGUGUGACGUGGCUCAGCAGCGGAACUCUGAGGACAUGAGCAAGAUCUUCAGUCCAUCCAGAGCUCCAGCGGACAGAGCUGUGGCUUGCAGAAAGAAGGAGAGGAAGGCGGUGUCGGACGAGGAGAGCUCAGAGAUGGAUGCAGACCCCAGCAGCACCUCAGAGGAGGACGCUCCCUUCAACAUCACUGACGAGAUGAAGCGCAUGCUCAACCAGCUACAUUGUUCAGAUAACUCAUUUGUUGCCAGGCGGGAGACGUUUGAGAUCGACGACGACUGUGACAGUCUGACGUGGGAAGAGAACGACGAUACGCUGCUCUUAUGGGAAGAUUUCACCAAUUACAAUGUUCCCUGCUCUGCUCUGACCAAUGGCAAUGGAGACUGCAGCACAGACGGACACGAAGCUGACUCCAGUCUCGGGAGUCUCAUCGAUGAAACAGAGUCGCUUUUCAAGACCCGAGAGCAGGAAUACCAGAAGACAAUCGGACAAAUUGAGAUGGAGUUGGCCACAGCGAAGAGUGACAUGAACCGUCAUCUGCACGAGUAUAUGGAGAUGUGCAGUAUGAAGCGAGGGCUGGAUGUGCAGAUGGAGACCUGCAGGAGGAUGAUCAAGGGCGGCAGAAAUUCUCCGUCCAUCAGCUCAUCGGCGAGCAGUGACUCAGGGAACACUGACGAGAUUCAAGAAGAGUCCGACAAAGAUGGAGAGACGGACGGGCCAAUCAGCUGAUAACUGCCCAGCCUGGCCCCGCCCCCUCCCUUCACCAAGCUCCAAUCACCUCUCAGGCCUCCCAGCAUUCAGCCAAUGGCGUUACACAGAGGGACAGAGGCCACUCCCACAAACCCACACUCCUGUAGGUGCUCUAUCUAUCGUCUGCGAUGAGGGUGUUUUUGUGCUUCAGCAUCAGUAUCGGUGCGUCACACGGUGCCACAGCUCUGCUGUCCUGUGAAACAGAUCAAUCCCAGCCAAAACACACCACUGGGAAAAAUGACACCAAUCAGAACAAAAAGAACUGAUUAAAUACACACAGAAAGUGUUGAUUUCCCUAAUAUUUGUGGCUUUUUAUUUUUCUAAAAACUCUUUCGGAAAUCAACCGUUGACUGCAGAAUCGUUUUGACCUUUAAGCCCCUUGUGAAUGUGGAACACAGAACAAGCUCACCGUCUAUGCAAUCGGCCUUAUUUCCUGAUCUGUGUUUAUGAUUUGCCUUAGUUUGCAGCGCAAGCGCUUUCAUCUGUUACACACACAGCUAAAGGCAAAGUUAUUGCAGCCCUACUGGGAAAUUUUUUCAACCGAGCAGGGACUUUUUUUACAUUAUUUCCUAGUAUAUUUCACUCCUAGAGAAAGUCUUAUUUCUUUUAGUUUGGCUGGAAAACAAAGAAUAUUUGUUUUAAAUGUAAAAACACACUGCAAAUGCUACAAUUUAUAUUAUUAACCCGCUUAAGAUGCUGUUGAUCACACCGAAUGCAUUGUCUGAUCU